AUGGCGAGUUUCUUUCUUUAUACCAUCCUUUUGGUGAUGGUUGGAGCUAACGCUAUCCAAGCUAGUGGAUAUAACAAAAACAACGAUCCAUUCCAGGGAUUUCCUUUUACAGGCUCACAGUUCUCAUUUCCUAAAAUAACAUUCCCAACCAUGCAGAUGCCUACAUUCCAACCAUUUUCCCAGUUUCCUAAAAUUAAACCUAUACGACCGAUGUUUCCUAAAAUCAAAAUGCUUAAUCCCGAGGACAUUAUUAAUAGAAAGCCAAAACCUGGAGAAGUGGUCAAUGCUGUAAUUGCAUCAUCUAAAAAUGAGUAUAAGGUAGACGAAAAUGGCAAGGUUGUCAAAACUGGUGGCUCCACUGUAAUAAUAAACGAGAACGGCAAAAGGAGGAUGUAUACAGUCGGUGAUGCGCCGGAUGUUUUUAAAAAAGGCAACGUGAUUCCUUCGCAGCAAGAGGAUAUCAAGCUAGGGGAUAGUGAUACGUUUAUUAGCGCCUAUACAUCAAGCGCAGUGAGCUCUGUUAAUGGAGAAAGUAAUUACAUAGGAUUUUCCCAGACCGUUCGUAACAAUAAUGACGAAAUCGAAGAACACACCCUUGGAUUAGAAAAAAAUGAUGUUUAG